UGAUUUUGAAACUUUUUUGAGAAGAAGAGGCAACUAAACAUGUUCAGGCGCUUACCUUUUGCAUUAAUUUUCGUUUUUGCUUUGAAUUAUAGUGCAAACGCCUUGGCCAAGUCGGGCUCUGCGAAUGGAACACCACAAAACAAGUGUGGAAAAACGGAUCCAAAGGAAUGCUGCUAUUGUCACGACGGCAAAGACGGUCGGGAUUGUCAAAAUGGUAUCCAAGGUCCCCAAGGCGUCCAAGGUUUUCAAGGUCCGCAAGGCGUCCAAGGUUUUCAAGGUCCGCAAGGCGUCCGAGGCAAAGAUGGUUGUAACGGUCGAGACGGAAGAAACGGAGCAAAGGGUCAAAAAGGCGACACCGGUCCGCCAGGUAAAUCACCUCAAGGUGCUAUUAAGUUUGGCGAUACCGCUGAGAAAUGUACUCAGCGAACUGCUGGCACCGUUCGUUACAAUGCUUCUCAAAGUGCCUUGCAACUCUGCGAUGGAAGCAAGUGGUUACUACUGAUGACUGGUGGAAAAGGUCACGUGGCGAGUAGACCUGGCCGUCACUGUAUGGAUAUCCUUAAAUCAGGUGAAAUUAUGAUUCAUAGAUAUUCGAAAGCUGAAUGGGCUCUAAGACGAUCUCAAAUGAUCUCAACGGUCUUUUUAAGGUGGUAG